AUGUCCAAUUAUACCACUUCUGCUACCACGUCAUUAUCAUUACCAUUGUCUGGAGCGUUGGAUUUGUCGGUAAUAAUACCAACCAAUCGACCAAAAAACAAUGAACGUAAUAAAACUGCUAUUUCUUUAUAUAUAACUCAGAAUGGCAUCUAUCAACCAAUUGGUUGUUAUGUGUAUUCCAUACCAAACGCAUCAAAUGAGAUUUAUAGUACCAUAUUAAAUAAUUCGAAUGAAAACCUUGUUGAUUUAACUAAAAAAAUGUCAGCAAUUUUAUCUAAACGAUAUAAUUCUCCUACAUAUGUUAAUCUUAAUGGAUCAUUUUCUAUUGAAGAAUUUACCCCACUAAUCGGUGAUGUAAUCAGCUUCAUUGAAGAGAAUUUCAAUUCAAGUAUCGAAAAUGAAUGA